AUGCCUUUCCUCGGCUUCCGCUGGGUCGUCAACUUUGUGUUGCUGGCCGUCCCCAUCGGAGCGACACUCGGUAUCCUCAUUGGAAUCGAUGCCAGCAGAAGCUCAAACGGACAGUCGCCCAUUUUCACCCAGCCCGACAACCCGGGGACGAUACCAAAGAACAAUGGCAUCACGGCCAUGGUAUCAUGCGACAAGGCAAUGGGUCUUCACCCGCUAUCCAAGGGUCAGGAAUACACACUGAACCCGAACCAGUGGGGUUGGACCGAAGGUACAGAUGGUCUCUUGUGUAUGAACGUUACCACAUUCAACAACCAGACCUACAACACCGACUUCAGCGCCCCCGAGUUCUAUGUCACAUGGCGGUACCCUCGUGGCCCCGAGACGCAACCCGUCCACGCUUUCCCCAACAUCAAGGUUGACGGCAGCAUCCUCCCGGUUUCCAUUCCCACGCUCGCAAACAUCAACGUUGACGUGGAGUGGUCCUACUCCGUCGGCAACUACACCACCGACGGCGCUGCGGCGACGAACACGGACGAGACCGCGCUGACCGACAAUGACACCAACGCCAACGUCGCCAUCGAUAUGUUCUUAGACGACGACAAGACCUCGGCGCAGGACAGUACCAAGGCAAAGUACGAGGUGAUGGUGUGGUUCGGCACUUUUGGCGCCGCGACACAGCCCAUUGGUUACGAAAACGGCGCGGGCGUGGUCACCUCGGAGACCAUCAACGGAACUACAUUCCAACUCUUCUAUGGACAGAACAGUCUGGACCAGUACGUCUUGACCUGGAAGGCCGCGGCGAAUGUCGAGCACUUCAUCGGCGAUCUCUCCCCCCUCAUCACGAAGCUCACCUCCAUGACCCAUGCCAACUUCCCCACGACCGCGACAUACCUGGGCUACAUGGGUCUCGGUUCCGAAACGCUCUCUGCAACCAAUGUUGUCACGUUCCGCGUACCGACCCUGUCCCUGGAGAUCAAGGCAUCAUCGUAG